AUGAGUGCCGCCCGAGAUCAAAACACCUCGCGCAUACCGCUCAGCGUCAAAAACAUUCCCAACCAAGAGCCCCUCUCUCGCGAUGCCACCCUCCUCCGCAAGCCGCUCCCGCAGCAGCCUCUCAGGACUGCCUCGACUACUGCGCCUGUCACCUUCGCCCGUCCACGCACCAAUGCAUCCCGCCUCCCCAGCUUUGUGUCGCGCUCGCAUCUCGGGCUGGACAUUAAUAACCAGGAAAAUGCACCGCUCUCGCUGGCGGCAGCCACUCCCAAGAAGCGUGCCAUCCCAAUCGACGAAUCGCAUCCUCGCAACGUAGUCAUCGACAGCCCCAGCAAGCGCAGUCGCUCCUCCAAGACAGGCACCGGCAGCAGCAACACCGAGCAAAGCGUUGGAGGUGCGCUCGCCAACGAUCUCAACAGCAUCCGUGUCAACGAGUCGCGGCGCCUCCCCCAAUCUGCCCAAUUGCAAGCUGUUGCUCCUACGGCUCUCUCACGCCGCCCUCAGCCGGCCCCUGCUCCCCCGGCGGCCGCUGCCACCUCGGUCAAAACGAACCGCACCGUGCACGAGCCGACAGAAGAGUUUGCGCCCGAAGCGCGCAGGCGUCAGCACGAGCAGGAGAUCUGGCGCCAAAAGUUCCUGCGCGCCUUUCCCAACUUCAUCUUUCACUUUGAUUCCGUCGACGAUGGCAAUGCCCGAAAGUACACCUCCCUCAUCCAGAAGCUCGGCGGUCAUGUCGAUCAAUUUUUCUCCAGAAAAGUCACACACCUCAUCACCACACGACGAUUCCCCGAUGAGACCGCUCUCGAGGAGACCAACGCCCCAGGAGGCCCCAGCAUGGUCGACAAAUCGAGUGCGCAUAAGCUCUUUCGACCCAGCUUCCUAGCUGCACGCACCUCUUCCACAAAGACGAGCGGCAACGCGGCUCGCUCACGCCCCGUCCCUCUGUACUCGGAACGCAACCCUCUCCAGGAGCGACCACCUCGUCAGUACGGCCCCAACGACAUCCUCGUAAAGGCCAAGGGCUUCGGCAUCAAGGUCUGGCAGUUUGAGAAACUUCAGAACGUCCUCAUGCGAUUGAUGAAGCUAUCGCCUCGCGAUCUCGAGACGCCAGCCAACAACAAGCAGGAUCUCUCGCAGAUGCUUGAAAAGGAGAAGGUGUUUGGCUCGACAGAGCGAGAUCCGGCCACAGCCAGAUCAUCGUGGCAUUACUUUGAAAAGUCGGCUUGCUACGUUCUGGUGGAAGACGCUACGCUCGAGUAUCGCCCCAUCAUGUGCACAGAGUUCCAAUAUACCCGCGAGGACAGGUUGCAGCGCCUCCCUCCGCCUUGGCCCGUCAUCUAUGGCCAGACUGCCGGGAGAUGUCCCUUCACUUACUAUCCUUCAAAGAAGAGCACACCCAAGGAGGUAGACGCGGACAAUGCCUCGGCUCCUCGCUUGGGUGUUCAGCAGAGCCUCCGCAGAGCCGUUUCGCUCAACAACAUGGUCCGCUCCAACCUUGGGCCCGCAUGCCGUCCGCAAGUGCCGCCCAUCCGCACAAACGACACAAGGCAGCAAGACUAUCCUUUGGCAUCCGGCAACAGUGUCUCGAUCACAUCCAACAUCGCAUCCACCACGUCCAACAUCUUUACGGAUCAGCAGAAUGGAGCCACUGUGGGUUUGCCUCAGAACCGCCGGGUUGCCGAGCUGAAUCGCAGGAUGCACACGCCUAACGCGCCUCUUCGUCCACCACGCACGCUCAACGCGAGCCCGGCUAGCGUGCUGGCCGGCAGCGCUGCAAGCGGUCUUGGUAUCCGUCGCGACGGCGGCGGCGGCAGUCCUAUGGUUGGAGGUACUAGUGCUCAGCGCGGCAACACGGAGCAAGGAGCGACGGUGCGAAGAAUGCUCGGGCUCGAUGACAAGGAGCGUCGCCCAGAUAGCGGACUUCAACGAAGCGCCAGCGCCAGUGCGGUUAGCAAACCAGCCUCUGCCAAGAAGCCAGGCUACUGCGAGAACUGCCGCGUCAAAUACGACGACUUUAUCGAACAUAUCUACGACCGAAGGCACCGCAAGUUUGCCACCAACGAGUCACACUUUGUCGAUAUCGAUGCGCUCAUUAUGCGUGUCCAGCGUCCCAUUCGCUCGGUGUCCGAAGACGAGAUGUCGUCGGGCUACUUUGGUUUCGAGCAGAUCCCUUCGUCACAGCAAGAGGAGCAGCUGGCCUACACAGAAUCCGAGGAGGAGAGCGUCUCGGCUGGAUCGCCCGAGUUGGAGGGCGAAGAAUUUCAGAGCAAUGACUUCGACGAACAGGGCGAUUAG